AUGUCUAGCCAAGAUGAUUUAAGUGCAACUUCUACACCACCACCACCAUUAUCAUCAUCAUCAUUGUCGUUAGACUCCUCUUCUUCUACUAGUAGUAGUACUAUAGUAUCAACAUCAACAUCGUCGUCAACGUUUACUAAAACAACAAUCAUAGAGGAUGAUGGAGCAUCCAAUAUAAUCAAACAACAGCAGCAACAACAAGAUGAGAUUAUAGUGGAACAAGGUGCUGGUGGAGAUAAUACAACUACAUCAACCACUACAACUACCACUACAACUACCAUUAUAACACCAGAUCAACAAUUACUAUUAAAAGAACAAAUUACACUUAAAACCAAAUGGAGUGGUAAAGAAUACGAUAUUACAUUGUCUACCACAUCGACUGUCGCAGACUUGAAGCGAGAACUAGAGGUAUUGACCAAUGUCUUGUCAAAGAGACAAAAGAUUUUGGGACUCUCCAAGGGACCGCUGCCAGCAGACAAUAUCGCAUUGUCUACACUCAAUGUCCGUCCAAACCAAAGUAUAGUGAUGAUAGGGACACCAGAGGCAUUGAUCUCAGAAGGUCCCCCUCCAUCGCUUGUCAUUGAUGUGUUUAACGACAUGGACUACGACUACAUACCCGAUUCCGAUGAAAUAUCACAUUUUGAAAAGAACAAGAAUCGUCUAAGUAAAACUAAAAAGAAGGCAGAGAUUGAUAUUAUCAAUGCUCCAAGACCCAACAAGAAACUUUUAGUUUUAGAUCUUGAUCAUACUAUAUUGGAUUUUAAAGAUCAAGAUGUAUUAAAUAUGAAGAGACCAGGAUUAGAAGAAUUUUUAAUAUCAUCUUAUGAAGAUUAUGAUAUUGCUAUUUGGUCACAAACAAGUUGGAAAUGGAUAGAAAUUAAAUUAACAGAAUUGGGUUUAUUAACAAAUCCACAAUUUAAAAUUGGUUUUGUAUUGGAUCAAACAUUAAUGUUUCGAGUAACAAGUUAUAGACCAUCACCAAAUGGAAAGGAUAGAACAAAGAUUAAACACCCAGUCAAGGCUUUGGAUAUAAUUUGGAGUCAUAAAUUGUUGGGACAAUAUUAUUCUCCACAAAAUACUCUUCACAUUGAUGACCUGAGUAGAAACUUUGCAAUGAAUCCUAAAAACGGUGUACAUAUUCCAGCAUUUAAACGAAGUGAAAACAAAAAACAACCAGAUACUGUACUAUAUAAUCUUUCCAAAUACUUGAAAUCAAUUUCUUCAGAGGCAGAUGUAACUAAAAUUAAUCAUAAUGUAUGCAAAUAUAAAAGAAGAAGAAGAAGAAUGAAGUUUAUAUUAUCUCUUUUAUUGCUACUCACCGUAGUAGUCAAUUAUACAACUGCAAACUAUUCAGACAAGUGUGCAUGGUGGGUUUCAAAUUUAGGAAAUGAUACUGCUGAUUGUACUUAUGCAACUCCAUGUAAAACUUUAUCACAAGGAUUUACAACAAUGGUAAAUGCAGAUGACUCUACAGAUUGUGGAAAUAGUAUUACAAGAUUAUUACAUAUUGUUCCAGAUGGUAAUUACGAUGGCUUUAAAAAUGUUGGUAUCAGAUUGAGUUAUUCAUGGAAUGAAGACAAGAUAUAUGAAUACACAAUGGUUGUUCAAUCUGCUGAUCGUCCAGCUACUGCUCCAGUAUCUUAUCCACUUCCAACAGCCACCAACUAUGCCGUCUUUGAUGGAAGAAAAAUCAACUAUCUCAUUCACUUUGGCAGUAUCGCCCCAAUAACCACCUUUACUGGUAUUAGUUUCAUUAAUGGCCGUGAUAUAAGCACUGCUCAAAAUGAAGGUGCUCCCAUUGUCGUUUCAUCUUUAUCAACUGUUAAUUUUGAUAAUUGUACCUUUUCAUCUAAUACUGGAUUAUUAACAGGAGCUAUUUAUUUUAAUCCACAUCAUUCCUGUUUAAUUUCAAAUUGUCAAUUCUCAAACAAUUGGGUGAGCAACAAGACAAAUACUAGUGGAGCACUCUUUUUCGAAUCACCAUCGGUUGUCAACAACACUAUAUUUACCAACAACACUGGUGUCAAUGGUGGUGCUAUUAGAACUGCCAAAGGUGUCAAUGUUAGAGUUGUCAUGUCAACCUUUAUACAAAAUACUGCUGUUCUUGGUGGAGCUGUAUUUAUGAGAGAAUUACCACUCUAUCAAAAUAGUUUUUGGUAUAAAAAUAGAUUUAUUCAAAACAGAGCACAAUAUGGUGGAGCCAUCUAUGAUAGAGAUUCAUCAGUCGAUUCUAUAGAAUUAAUAUUCGAUGGUAAUGUAGCCACUGAAGCAGGUGGAGCAGUUGUAUUGAAUGGAUCAGUAUCAACAUUCCAAAACGCAACCUUUCAAAAUAAUCAAGCCAAGAGUGGUGGUGCCAUCUGGUCAUUUGAUCCAAAACCAAUGGAACGUCAAUCACUCGUUUCCGACUCGUUCUUUACCAACAAUACUGCAUUGUUUGCCGGUGGUGCUCUCUAUUGCACCAACUCCACAGCUAGAUUCAAUGUAAACAACACCUUUACAUCAAACAAGGCCGAUGCCAAAAACACAGAACUCGAAUAUUGCUCAGAGACUUGUCUUACUGCCAGUCGUGAGUGUGGAUGCACCAAGGGUUGUGGGCUCCCACCACCUCCAGUCAAGGUCGUCACUGACAAGACUGAAACUAAAAUCACUGUCGCUGUUUUCCUUCCAGUCACCGCCAUCCUUUUAGGUAUCGUCGCCUUCCUUCUCUGGAAGACCAACAAAAAGGCUAAAUUUAUUCGUUCAAGUGAUCCAAGUAAAUAUGAUGAAAUUAGAUUAACUCCAACUCAUGCACAACGUGAAGAUGAACUUCAAGAACAACUUUAA